ACAUCUUGAGCUUGGUAAUUGUUCAAUUGGUAAUGAAACUAUCGAGGAAAUAGCCCGCAACUGUACUAAUUUGAAAUAUCUUAGUUUGGAAGGAUGUAAAGGGAUUAGCGAAGAAGUGAUGAAAAAACAUGAUUCAAAAAUUAAAAUUGAACAUCCAGAUUAUUCUGAUGAUGAAUUUUCAGAUUCUGAUCUACCUCCACUUAUUCCAGAUCCAUUAAUGGUAUCUCAAACCGUUAUCUUUACCGGUGGACCUAAUAGAAUGGUUUUAACCAAUACAUUAAAUGUAACAGAUCUUAUUUCUGCAAUUAGAGUAUCAUCAGAAUUGACUGAUUCAGAACGAAUUAAUUUAUUAAAUAGUCUUGCUUGA